AUGGAGAAAGGCAAGGAUAGUGUGGAGAAAGAAGAUACUUCCAGCGAAGAGAAGCAGCGGGAUGGGUCGGAGGAGUCGGAAGAGGCAAGGGAGGAGGUGGGGAAAGACGAGGAGGAGGUGCGGCAGCACGGGGAGGAAGGAGACUGGCUGGACGAGCAGACAGAAGUGUCGUCCUCUCAAGAGCCCGUUAGCGAUGAGGCGUCGGACUCGCAGAAACCAGGGCAAGAGGAGCAGGGGGAAAGCCGGCCGGCGCACAAAGGGCGUGGAAGGCCCAAGGGAGUUCGGGACAGCAAGCCGCGACUGAGGAAGGGGGAGAAGAAGAGGUUGAAGGAGGAGCUGAGAAGUUUUCAUCCCUCCUUCAGCUCUGGCUACAUGCAGGCGCUCCUCCGCGCCCCCUCCUUCUCUCCUGAUCCGAACGCCAUGGUCUCCCCGAGCUACCAGCAGCAGCCGGGCAUGUGGGGCUACGGGGAGCAGUAUCCUCCUCCUCCAGCCCUCCUGCAUGCGCAGUACGUUCAUCCUGUCGGACCCCACAUUGUGCAGCAGGAGUACUACGGCCCUUUCUCGCAGCAGCACCCUCCUCCUCCUCCAUUCUCGGCCCACCAGCAGUUGCAGGAGCAACAAGCUGACCUGGGUCCUCCUCACUUGCUAUAUACUCCCCGCCAGGCUCCAGACCUCGGGCCUUCUUCUCUUCCGGGCGCCUUUCCCUUCCCGCCGCAGCCCCUGCAGGAGCAACAGGCAUGGAUGCGACCUAGCUCGGAGUUACAAGCUGGGCAUGAGCAGAGCAAGAGACCAUCUUUGCAGCUGCAGGACCCCUCGGCUGUCUCCUCCUUCUCCCUCCUGCCUCCCGCUCCCUACGGCCUCGCUCGCUCAUGGCAGAGCCAGGAGGAUGGUGGGGCUCUUCCCCGCCCCUUCCUUUCUGCUUCCCUCAACCCCCCUCUUCACCACCCGCUACUCCCCGAGCAACCAGCAGCAGGAGCGGCGGCGGCGGCGGCGGCGGCGGCGGCGGCGUCAGGAGCAGCAGGAGGGGCAGCAGCAGCAGAGCUGCUGGGCCUGCGCCAUCGCUUCGCAGCUGGCAGCCGCAAGUAG